CCCGCGGUGGCCAGCGCCCUCCCCUCUGCCCUUGCGUUUCCCUUUCCUCCGCGGCGCUUCCUCUCCGGCUCGGCCCUCCGCAGCCCCUUUGUCUGCCCGGCGCGAGGCGGGCCCACGGUUAUAUUUAGGCGGCAGGUGUGGGAGCCACAACUAGCCUGGUCGCCCGCCGGUCACCGGCCACCCCGCCCACGUGAUGCCCGGGCGCUAUAAAUAGCCCCCCCGGCGCGGGCCAGCCGAGCAUCCGCUGGGAGGCCGGUGCGCCCCGCGCUCUGGGUCUCGGCCGCCGCGCCCGGCCCGGCCCGGCCCGCACGGAUGGAGGCGGCGGCGGGACGCCUGCGUGCGCGGACAUUGCCUGCCGCUGACCAGCCUGGGAUUUAUGGAGAGGGCCUCGGGGGGCAGCUCUGAGCACUGCCGCGCCCAGCAUCGCCACUGCGCCUGCUGCUGAGGAGGCCCUGCCGCCGGCCUCCCCUCGCCCCGCCGCGCAUGGCCCCCGCCCGGCCCAGGGCCGGCCCUGCCGCCUGAGCCCACCUGCCUGCCCGCCCUCCGGACUCCUGGGACCCCGAUGGGGUAACGGGACGGCGGCCGCGCGUCGAGCCGCCGGCGACCCCCCCAGGCUGCCCUGUCGGGUCCGUUCCAGGUCGUUUUCCUUUGAUCCUUGGGGUCUGGGGCCCGCCUCUGAGCCCGGGGGCCGGCCGCCGUCCACCGAUGCCCAGAGGACGUCCCUGCCAGCGCUCGGAGUCCCCGCAGGCUUUUUAAAGGGUUCUUUGCUGAAGUUUUUUUGGUUGUCGUUUUUAUUUUUGCCCCCUGCUAAUCCCCGGCUCUGAGAGGCAGGAGCUCAGACUGGCCGUUUUCCUUCUGCGGGCGCUUUUUUCUUUUUCUUUUGUAAGGCGUCAGGUUCUCUUGUUUCCGUGUCCCUACGCCAGCCGCAUCCUCCCCCCUCCCGAGUAUUUGCACAAUAUUUGUGCGGGGUAUAGGGGGCAGGGUUUUUAAAAGGCAUUUCCUCUCUCUCGGACAAGCACAGGGAUCUCCUUCUCCCCAGAUUCUGGGGGGGCUGCCGGGGGUGUCUCUUGCCCGUGUCCCCAGCGCCCUCCUGGCCCCUGGCCUCACGGGGAGCCAUGGCUCGGAUGAACCGGCCCGCCCCCGUGGAGGUGAGCUACAAGAACAUGCGCUUCCUCAUCACGCACAACCCCACCAACGCCACCCUCAGCACCUUCAUCGAGGACCUGAAGAAGUAUGGGGCCACCACCGUGGUGCGCGUGUGUGAAGUGACCUACGACAAGGCCCCACUGGAGAAGGACGGCAUCACCGUCGUGGACUGGCCGUUCGAUGACGGGGCGCCCCCUCCCGGCAAAGUGGUGGAGGACUGGCUGAGCCUGCUGAAGGCCAAAUUCUGUGAUGACCCCGGCAGCUGCGUGGCUGUGCACUGCGUGGCCGGCCUGGGACGGGCUCCUGUUCUUGUGGCGCUGGCCCUCAUCGAGAGUGGGAUGAAGUACGAGGACGCCAUCCAGUUCAUCCGACAAAGAGGAAGGAGCCCCAGAAGCUAUCCACUCCAGCCCUUCGGUGACAAACAGAAACCCACAAACCUCUCCCAGCACCUUGUCCACUCUGCCUCCGCACCCCCGGGGAUGCUCACACACGGCGUCCUUGAGAGCUGCCCUUGUGACUGCCCCCUGCGGUCCUGGCCGGCCCUUGUGGCCCCAGUCGGCCUCUCCCAGCCGCCCCUCCUCGGCCCCCAUGGAGAUCUCCAGGCCCACUGCUUCCUUGUGGCCCGCUGCUCCCGGGAGAGGAGGCCCGGCUGGUGCAGGGGUCCUGGGGCGACAGCAGGGACGGCCGGGGCUGACUGCAGAGGCGCUGGUGCUGCGCUGGCCCCAGCCACCCUCCAGCCCCACCCACCGUGUGUGUGUGCGUGCGACAUGUACCCGCAGCCACGUGCACGCACUGUGGAGGCUGUGCUCCCCCCUGCGCCUCUGACGGUGGCUCCCAGGGCACAGCCGUCGUGUUCUCCCCAGGGCAGGCUUGUUUACCAGCCAAGCCGCCAGCUUUGCGUGCACUGGUGAGCAUCUGUGCCUGCAGGAGCUCUGGCCUCCUCAGGGAGCUCGGCACGUGCACAUGUGCACACACAAAUACACACACUCGCGCACACUCUUUUCUGUCUGUGAGCUCACUGCAGCUCUGCGAAUGGGCACAGAUCCCAGGAGCAGCACCAGGGCGAGGGCUGGGCAUCCCCAUAGCCUCCCCUCACCCCACCCCUCACUGAGCCUGGGCUGGUCCCACUUCCUGUGGCCUGUGCUUCCCUCACCCCGGGGUGCGUGAGUCAGGGCAGGCCGGGCCGUGCUGAGUAACAAGUGGGCCCAGACCCUGGGGACCGAGAACAGCCCAGGCUAGUCUCUCACUUCUGUGGCCUGACGCAGUUAGCAGGGGCUCUGCUCAGGGACCCUGGGAUGCCGGCCGUGGGGGCUGCCCCUUCUCCAGCACUGCUGGUCGCUGGGCUGGAGGGACAGGGCGAUCGUGGAGCCAUACGAUGGCUCCAAAGCUUUAUCUGGCAGACAUGUGUGUCUCUGCCACUCAUGUUUCAUCGGCCAAAGCGAGGCCAUGGCCAUGCCUGAGGUCACGGGCAGGUGGGGAGGGAUGGCUCCAGAAGUGCUUGGUGAGCAGCCCAGGUGCCCCCCGCACCCCAUCCCCUGAGGUCCUCCCCUCCCUCCCAGACAGUAGAGGUGCCAGCUGCCCCCUGUGGCCCUCUGGGAGCCCACGGCCUGGGGGUGGGUGACAGUCGGGUACACAUGGGGCCAUGGGAGGGUGGGGACCAUGGGGGGAUGGAAGCCAGGGAGUCAGCCUGGAGGAGGUGAUAGCCAGGUGAGUUGAAGGCCAGCCGGGGUGACUGCAGGGGGCCGGGGAAGGGGGAUUCUGGCAGCGGGAACAGCCUGGGCAAAGGACGGGCUCUGCUGGCCACAAGGACCCGCCCCAGCCCCGCUGGACUCUGGGCCUCGAGCCCCCUGGGGCAGGUCACGUGGCCGAGCCCGGGUCCCGCCCGAUCCGCACCCUGGUCCCUUCU